UCGAAAUCUAAUCAUGAUUACUCUAAUGGAAAAUAAAAAAAAAUAUAGAAUACAUUUGUACCUCUUAAUAAAACACAUAAGCAACAAACAAAUGCACGUUCAAUAAAACCUACGCGUAUAAAGGAAAUAAAGCCACUAUCAAAAGUCCACAGGUUACCUGACACAAUCUAGUAAGUCUACUUUGGUAUGAUUAAUCAAUAACGUAACAAAAGCUACAAGCCGCCGCUGCCGUCUGCAGGGCGGGCUUAAACCUCCAGCAGGGAGCGUGAAAUGAAAACGAUACGCCCUAAAUAUAACUCAACUCAAACAAAACCCCUGAUAUGAUUAAGGUGCAAUAUGCUAUGUUCGUACUAAUUCUCAUGUUCAGUGCAAUGCCUGAGGCGAAUUCUAUCACAAAAAGAAGUUAUUCGGACCAAUCCGUCAAGGGUUACAUCACAGAGAGAACGUGUUGGUGGAACGAGGUUUGCAAGGAAGAGUUCCAAACGUUGUUCAGAUGUAAAUGUCCAUCGUGGUCGUAUUGCCGAAGCCCUGGGAAGUACUACAACGCAGUGUGCUCUAUGACAGAGACAGGUUAUAUAUGGGACCAGCCGAACUCCGAGUGGCGCGGCCAGUAACCAGUUAAAUCCAAUUAAACACCAUAUUUUACUUAUGUUACGUUAUGCUUAUUGCUCUAGGCAUAACAACUAAUAUGUGCCAAAUUCUAACAACGAUUCUAAUUUGAGACUGAUUCUAUAAAUUGAAA